AUGGCCGUCGACAACUCGCUGGAAUCGCUACUCGCGACUCUGACUACAUCUAUCCAAUCCGCCACGGAGGCACUUCCAAAUGAUGAUAUCUUGCCACCAAAAGAGGGCAUUUCACUACUGGACGUGAAGAAUGAGCUGCUUCUGUCCUAUCUACAGAACCUCGUUUUUCUUAUCCUGCUGAAGCUACGGUCGCGCAAGGGCAACCAGGAAGAGACGGAUCUUCAUCCUCAAGAUGAGGUCGUUCAAAAGCUCGUGGAGUUGAGGGUCUACCUCGAGAAGGGUGUGCGACCGCUUGAAAGCCGCCUGAAAUACCAGAUCGACAAGAUUUUGAGAACCGCGGAUGAUGCCACACGACGCACCACCCAAGCCACAGCAAAGCCUACACAAAAACUAAGAAAGAGCAAGGCCGAUACUGGAUCCGAUUCAGACGUCAGCGACGCCGAAUCCAACGGCUCUGCACAAACCGAAGACGAUGAAGACGAGAUGGCCUACGGCCCUCGCCGUGCCCAAGUUACCCGUCAAAAGACUGAAGCGGCGCAAGAGCGUGCGCGCGAAUCAGCAAAGGAUGGCAUUUACCGUCCACCCAAGAUCACCCCAAUGGCGAUGCCAACACCCGAAGGUCGCGAAGCGCGCCGAGAUCGCCGUCCAGGAAAGUCUGCCACCCUGGAUGAAUUCAUCGCGACUGAGCUCUCUGGCGCGCCAAUCGCCGAGCCUAGUAUCGGAAGCACCAUCACGAAUGGAGGUCGACACACGAAGUCUGAGCGUGAGCGUCGUGAAGAGAAUGAGAGGCGCGAGUACGAAGAAGCCAACUUCACACGUCUGGCUCCUGAUAGCAAGAAGGAGGCUGCGAAGAAGAAGGCAAGACAGCAGCGUGAUGGUGGGUUUGGCGGUGAGGAAUGGAGGACUUUGGGCGCUGGUAUUGAUCGCAUUGAGCGUUUGACGCAGAAGAAGGGUGGUAACCUGGGGAGUUUGGAGAAGAGCAGGAAGAGGCCUGUUGGAGAUGGUCCGAGGGGUUCUGGAUCUGCUGCUGGAGAUGCGUUUGAGAAGAGGAGAAAGGUCGUAGGCAGGUACAAGUGA